AUGGUGGUGAUCGUACUUGACGACAGCAGUGACGCGUCGUCAGAAGUCGAGAUGGGGCGAGUAUCAGCAUUUAAGACACCCCCCGCAUCGCCAGCAGUGUCGCAAGGACGCGAACAGUCCAUCAGCUACACGAAUGCAGUGGAGACUGCGCUGGCGAUGGCGGCGGCUUUAGAGACAAGGGAGUCGGCCAACAGUCACAGCUCCACCGAAAGAAAAGAAAUGAAGGCGAUUUCUGCGCCUCCACUGCUGUCUAAGAAGACCAAUAAUCUGUCCACAAAGCAGAAAAUUGGCCGGAGACGACAGCAGCAAGAUUUUGAACGGCGGCAGAGUGCGUCGAGAUCCGCCAUUAAUUAUCAAGACAUGAGGAACAAUCAGAAGACUGUGCAUAGACGAAAAGAUGGAGCAAAACGCCGAUCUAGAGUGAGGUCCAAUAGCUCCAGUGGUUAUUCUAGUUCUGAUUCGGGUUCUGGGUCUUGGCGUUGUCACUUUGGAGUUACCGAACAACGGCGAGUGCGACCAAUCAUUGAGCGUACCAAGGAAAAGAGCUCGAGCUUUUGGCGGCAGAAACAGCAUCGACGUCGAGCCACUGUUGAUCCAGCAAAGAUGGUAAUCCAGAAUGAGAUCGUUGACUUGUUAUCUUCUUCCUCCUCCAGCUUUUCUGAUACAUCUCUCGUCUGCCACUCGUCGGGUAGUGAGACGCCGACAAAGACGUCUGUGAAGGCUGGACAGAAGCAACUGAUGCUGACUGAUCGUGUACUAAAAGAAAACCAGCCCCUGGCUUCUCGAACUUCUGGGCAACACGCCAAGCUUUUGUUGAAUGGAAGUAAACAUUCAGCAAAGAAAGUAUUACGUGGUGGAAAACGCAAGCGCUUGUUGCCACAGAUGCAAUCAGAGUCUACUGGUGAAGUCAAGAAACGAGGUCUGGCACCAGGAAUACUGUCAGCGAAGAAGAGUGACGUAAAAAAUGUUACUAAUAUGGACGGCAGGCAACCUCUAGACGCUAGAUUACAGUCCACGACCUUGGAACAGAACGCGCCGGUGUCUGUGUUGUCGUCAGGAGCGUCAAUAGCAUCAGCCUUACCUUCACCAGCCUCGUUACCAAGACAGAUAACAUCGCAUGAAACUGUGGCAAAACCGCCUUUUGCGUCACACUUAGCGAGCCAAGCGCAUGAAGGAAAAGCCGACGUGUUGAGGCAAAUUGAUUGUCGCACACCUGUUUCUGCCAGUAUGGCACUCUUUAAGACGGUAACUUCUACAGUAUCGCAACCUGCACCUGAAGUGUCUGUGUGUCCUUUGGCUUCGCUGUCCCCGUCGGCAGUUCCGCGAAAGAUGCGGCGGGUGUUGUCUCGCUUCAAUGCAGAUCGAGUGUCGCUUGACGACUUGCAGGCUCAGGAGCGAGAGCUUGCGUGGAUCCAGGCGCAGCGCAAACAGUCGCAAAAUCGAUCCCGUUCCUUGAAGAGGGCUACUAGAAAGUCGCAAACGUGUCGUCAGGGGCUUUGCGUAGAUGAUUGUUCGGAUUCAAAGAGCGUAGUUGGCUCGAAGGAAGGACAAAACAAUGAAUGGCAAAUUGCGACAAAGGCGAAGCCUUCACAUAGAGUCAAGAGGAGUCGUGUUGAUGGAUUUCACACUGCGAUGCUCCACUCCACAUCGUAUCGCGGUGUCUUCUUCGAUGAGGCCCCGUCAAAUUUUGUUUGUGGUCACAAAUGCAGUGUACCUUUUGAGUCAAAUUGCGACCACUCGCUUGCAUUUUAUGACGAAACCAACACGCUGAUCAGUUACUGCUCAAUCUUGGAGAGCUUUGGCAAACCGACCCAGUGUAUUUCGUCCGUGUUCCCAAGCGAAGCGGCUAACUCACAAAGUGAUGUUACUCGCUCGGUGAACUCCUUGGUGACGGCAUAUCUCCCCAUUAUCCGCCUCUGUUAUCGAAGAAAGGUACAAGCUAUCUUGUCAGAGGCUCGACAGAAGAUUUUUGCUUACCAAGCAGAAGUGAAGUCACACAGGAUUACAGGCGGUGACAAGAGAUUGACACCACACUAUUUGCUUCGCUCCUAUCCGGAGAAACGCGCUGUGAAACAUCUUAAGUCCGUGGAGCACACGUUCAAUUCAAGCUUCGGUGGUGCCUCCUUCCAGGUCGGGCGUGGUGACGGGCUCGUGCGAGAAAGGACUGUAUCGGCGCUUGUUCAGGUGAAUGCUGUCCAAGAGAUUCGGCCGCUACGAAGGUAUACAACGAGCGUGGGGCUGCGUACCAACUAUCGUGUUGAAGACGAUCCGAUCCUGCCCUACGCGGCUAAAGUUAGACAGCACAGAACUGACGGCGGAAGCGGUGGUGGUGAGUUAACGAAGAAGCAUGAUCUACGAAUCGGCCGCGUGGCCGACGACGAGGUGGCGGAGUAUGUCUUGCGUCUAGUGGUUCGUCGUCUUGGCGACUCGGAGCAGGUGUUUCACGCAUUGAAGAGCGAGCUCAACUUCACUCACGCAUUCACGGCGUACAGUGAAUUGAAAAAGUUGCACAACUCAAGGGUGCAAGCAAGUGCCCGACUGGACCAUGUGAAAAAGCUUAGUCGUGACGGAUCGCGCGCGGCGGAUCCUAACGUCACAGCUAUCGUUAAGUUGAUGGAGCAGUGGUCGUUACUAAAUGCCAGUAGCGCGAAAAAAUUGAGGCGACGCUUGCAGCCACCAAUAGGUAACUUCGAGUCAAACGUCGUAGACAAUCUCGUAGAAAGCGCAUCGGCGAGCAUGAAAGCACUGGGGUUACGUGCGUCAGACUCCUACAGCAAGCUGGUCGGCGUGUAUACUUGCUCGUUCUGCCGGAUGUGCUACAUGUACGCAUGUCACGAACACGGUGGCGACCACCCGCUGCCGACCAGGCGCAUGGAGCCUACGUACCCCCGUGUUCGGCUGGUUCCACACUAUCAUUUACCAGAUGAAGCUGCUUCUUCAACGGUUGCGUUGGAUGAGAACGUGGUUAACAAGAUUGCAGGAAAGGUUAGACUCGCCGACACUCCAGUAGCCAGCAAUGUUCAGCGGGAGCAAUCUGUACCCAAAGUGCAGCAGGAUCAAGGCGGUCUUAGUGAUGUUAUAGACAUGAGCGAAGACGCGACGACCGCUGAUCCGUCCGAGUACGUGGACACUUCGCAUAUAUCGCUGGUGGCGCCAAAGAUGCGUUCAUUUUUGUCGACGCGCAGUGCAUGUGGGAAGUUGUGCCGGAAAAAUAGCAACUUCACCGAUGACCUGCAUAACAGAUUGUCACCAGCGGAGCUAGGCUUGAUUCGAAAGCUUCGCGAGGCGAUGGGUGAUAACUCGUGCUUGUUGGCUGCUGUUGUUGGUGGAAAUAGCUCCUGCAUAGAACUACACCAGUUUAUGCAGAAAGAGCGUUCUAGCGGCGAAAGCCAAAAGACAGAGGGCCUUGGGAGAUCGUGGCUUCGUUUGCGCAGUUGGAAGCAAGGACAAACGUUAGGCGGGGGUAACCACGAGCUGCUACGGAGGACUCGAGACCAGCGUUUGCAGGAUCGAGGUACGGAGAACCACGAGUACAAACCAUGCAUGCACGAGGGUUUGUGCGACUCCACUGGCUGCUCAUGCAUGAAGCGCGAUCACAUGUGCGAGAAGGCUUGCGCCUGCUCUCGUGAUUGUCCAAAUAGAUUUGAAGGAUGUACCUGUACGCCAGGUGAAUGCCGUACAAGCUUGUGUCAGUGCUAUGCAGCUUUACGCGAGUGCGACCCUGACGUUUGCGUAUCAUGCGGCUCAAGCGAAAUGGUGGUGGCAAUGGCGCUUAAAACCAUCACAAAAGCCAAGACGUGUGACAAUAUGAGCGUUAUUCGUGGGAAACACAAACGGCUAAGUAUAAGCUUUUCGGAUAUCCACGGAUAUGGUAUGUAUGCGCGUGAAGCAAUUGCAGCGGGCGAGUUUGUGUAUGAGUACGCUGGCGCGAUGGUAUCGCAGGAUGAGGCGGAGCGGCGAGGUCUGAUAUAUGACAAGACAGAAAUGAGCUUUUUGUUUGAUCUGAAUGAGGACGCAGUGCUGGACGCGCUUCGCUACAGCAACAAAAGUAAGUUCAUCAAUCAUGAAAAAGACGCACCGAAUUGCACAGCGAAGGCAGUGAGCGUUUGCGGUGUGCACCACAUCACGAUAUGGGCAUUGCGGACCAUCGCGGUCGGCGAGGAGCUGGUUUUCGACUAUGGCUACAAAAGGAGUGUAGCUCCGGACUGGAGUCGGCGACAAACGUCGCCGAAAGAUACCAGAUGA